AUGCCCGAAAUAAUAGACGACAAAUCUCAACACUGCAUUCCUUUUCUCCUGAAGCGUCUUGAUGACCAUAGGAAGCGACAAAACGGCAAUGCCUCCCCUUUCUUCUUGGGACUCAACGGCGUGCAGGGUGCGGGCAAGACGGUUCUGGUGUCAACCCUAUAUCAGACCCUCCAAUCAGAGCCGUAUUCGUUGUCCGUUGUGACACUGUCACUAGACGACCUUUAUCUCACCCACGCUGACCAAGUUGCUCUUGCCCAAGCGCACCCAACCAAUCCCCUGCUCCAGCAUCGCGGCCAGCCCUGUACGCAUGAUCUUGCUCUCGGUGAGCGAGUUUUUGCUUCUCUAGCUGCCGAGAGCCCCACUGCUAUUCCGCAAUAUGACAAGUCCGCCUUUUCCGGGCAAGGAGAUCGGGUCCCUGAGCCUCAAUGGCAGGUUGUAAAUGCCGAGGGACAAGAAAAAGUCAAAGUCGUUAUUUUCGAGGGAUGGUGUGUUGGGUUCCGGGCGUGGGAUGAGGAUACACUGCGCGCAAAAUGGGAGGCUGCCGCACGCCAGAAGGAGGCUGGUGACUAUCAAGGCCGAUUGGGCCAUGUCAAGUUUGAAGAUGUCCUCACGGUGAAUAAUGCAUUGAGGAAAUAUGAUGUUUUGACUAACAAACUUGAUGCUUUGAUCCAUAUUGACGCUGAUGACUCACACUUUGUUUAUGAAUGGCGUCAAGAGCAGGAGCGCACUCUACGUGCUGUCAAGGGUACUGGCAUGACCGAGGAACAGGUUAACCAUUUCGUCGAUGGCUAUUAUCCGUCGUAUGAACUUUUCACGGAGACGCUUCGCGAAGGAGCUUUCAAGCCUGCGUAUCAUCAGCCUAAAGCUUCACUAGGUGACUGGCAGGGUAGACAGCUUCGUCUGGUCGUGAACCGAAACCGAAGAGUCAAGGAGGUGAUAGAGAUUUAG